AUGUCUAAAGCGCAGGUUGUUAAUGGCAUCAAGACAUUUAUUCCUUUGGAGAAUAAUCCAGAGGUCUUAUCACAUCUCUGCCGAAACUUGGGGUUGGCCCCAGGACUCACAUUCCACGAUGUCCUUUCUACAUCACCCGACCUUCUAUCCUGGAUCCCUCGCCCUAUUCACGCAUUGAUUCUGCUCGUGGAUAAACCCAUCUAUAAUGCAGCCCGAUCUGCAGUGAUACCUAAGAUCCCGGAAUAUCAGGAUUCAGGUCCGGACGAGCCGGUCUUCUGGAUCAAACAGACGAUCGGACAUGCCUGUGGUUUGAUGGCGCUGCUUCAUUGCGUCUUCAAUCUGGACGGGGGAAGAUACCUCAUGCCAGAGUCAACGUUGGGGAACCUUUUGAAGUGUGCGAUUGAGCUUGAGCCGACUGAACGAGCACAGUUACUGUACGACUCUGAGUUUCUCGAGGAAGCACAUAUGGAUGCUGCAUCCAAAGGCUCCUCUACUCCUCCUUCGCCUCACGAUGAGAACCAUCACCACUUCAUUGGGUUUGUUCAGAAAGAUGGCCAAGUGUGGGAACUUAACGGAGGUAUGAAUGGACCUUUAUGUCGGGGGAUGUUGGAUGGGGAAGAUCUGCUGAGCGAGCGAGGGUUGGCGUUGACCGUGCAAGACUUUCUGGAUGCAGCAGUGAAAGGAGGAUAUGGUGAAAUAAGUAUCGUGGCAAUAGCUGGAAUUGGAGUAUCAGGUAGCUUGUAA